UGUCAGAAAUGAUCAAUAAAGGCAGGAAGUUGCUUUCUCAUCCUUACACUCGAAAAGAUGGCACUUGCUAGUGUUUUAAGUAGUGAUUUUGGUGAUUUUUCUUACGAAAAAUGUCAGCCGGUCGACUUUAUAGGUGGACUGGGUCCUAGCGGAGCGAACUUUGAGUCUGCCCCAGGGGAAAGUCUCAGUUUCACCGUCAGAAAUCCGCUGUGUGCCGAAGCCGAGGAUGAUGGCGAGAGGAAAAUACAGUUUCUGCAUGGGACCACCACUUUAGCAUUCAAGUUCCAGCAUGGUGUUAUUGUGGCAGUGGACUCUCGGGCCACAGCAGGUGCCUAUAUUGCCUCUCAGACGGUGAAGAAAGUGAUUGAGAUCAAUCCAUACUUACUGGGCACAAUGGCUGGAGGAGCUGCAGAUUGUAGCUUUUGGGAGCGUCUUUUAGCCCGUCAGUGCCGCAUCUAUGAGCUUCGGAACAAGGAGCGCAUCUCUGUGGCUGCAGCCUCCAAGCUACUGGCAAACAUGGUGUACCAGUACAAAGGCAUGGGACUCAGCAUGGGGACAAUGGUCUGCGGAUGGGACAAGAGAGGACCAGGUAAAUGCAUAGCUACAAAAAAAAAAAAAAAAAAAAAAAUAUAUAUAUAUAUAUAUAUAAACUGGACCAAAUUAGAAACCUGUCAUUUAUACUUGGCCUGUAAUGAAUGAAGGAUGUAAAACAAA